GAAGACGUGGACCUUUUCUCCCCCAAAAAACACCUCAAACAGGCACCCUUGCCGCCCCGGAAUGCCGUGGUGGUGACCCCAAUGGGGAUAAACAUGGGAAAUGAGCGUAAAAUCGUGGAUGAUUUACCUUGUGGGAACCUGGCGAUUUUUUUUCUUAUUCAUGUCGUCUGAAGUGAAAUGCGGCACCCUUGGGCCUCUUGAACGCGUGGAGACCGGAAUUUUGAUCGUGUUUUCUUCAAUAGAACUGCAACUUGGGUAGCAGCUGUUGCGCGGACAACACUUGGGAUGCGUUUUUUGCCAACAAUAACACCAAUUUUACAAAGGAUACCCCCGAAAAAUGUUACUGCUAAAAACUCUCUUUAACACGAGCCCUACGGCGCAAGAGAGGUGGAGAGGCUCCGUGGAAAUUUUCCCUUGCUGAAUUUGUGGAAAAUGUCAUUCACACUUUCACAUUUGCGGUACCUCCGCUAGAUGGUGCUCUCUAGCAAUAAUCUGCCGACAUGUCCUAGGAAGUUCCGUAACACGACGACAAAGUUUUUUGUAUGGGAACAUUUGAUUCCGUGUGUGCCAAAAAACGCGUAGUGCUCGUUUUUUUUUGCAAAAAUACUACGUAGUUUCCACAAUUCUCACCUGAUUUUAGUGAUUUUCCCACCUGUAUUUUAGUCACAAUGGCCAUGUCCAGUGUUUACAGAGGAAUUAUUUCCACAGCCGAUAAAUUCGUGCCACCAAAGAUGAUGCCCCUCUGGAAUCAUCCAGCAGGACCAAAGACUGUAUUCUUCUGGGCACCAGUUUUCAAAUGGGGGCUCGUCAUUGCAGGGCUGAGUGACUUGGCAAGGCCAGCAGAUCAACUGUCUGUGGCACAAUCGGGCUCUCUGUGCGCCACCGGAAUCAUCUGGUCACGCUACUCCCUCGUAAUUAUCCCCAAGAAUUGGGGACUCUUCUCAGUAAAUCUCUUUGUGGCCUUGUCAUCGUCUGUUCAGCUUCUUCGGGCAUACAUGUACCAACAGGAACUCAAUAAGCUAGCAGCAGCUGAAACAGCCACUAGUGAGGAGAAGAAAUAACCACAGAUGAUAUUCUACUUACAACACUAAUAGGUCAAAUGCAGCAGCACUUCCCAUAUCACACGAUCUGUGUUAAAAGUUUCCGCAAAGCGGAAAUCUCCAGCAAUCCAGGGCGUUUUUUUUUCUUUGAGGUAAAGAAAAAACGAAAAUUUCGAGAUGUUUAUUUUUCUAAUAGAACGUACGUAUUCACUCCACUUGAAGUGAAGGAAGAUUAUUAAAUUCUCUGUUGAUUUUAA